AGCGCGCUUUGUUUAGGAAAUGAUGCACGUGCAAAGAAUUUGCUCGCUGCUGUCAACGGUUAGGUAACCAACAGCAGGAUGUUUGAUUCAGUUAACGAAACAAUACAUAUUUCAGGUUGAAAUACAAUGCUUAUUUGUUUUGUCAAACGUAAGCGUUUAUUGUCGCGAUGACUGACAUCGACUUACUAGACAGGGACAGUUAUUUAAAACCACAUAUCCACAGCUAUCAUGUGUAGCUGAUUAGCUGAUUCACCGUUAAGGUUACAUCUUCGUAAUGGCUGUUCUCUCUUCUUUGUUGUGUUCAUCUGCUCGUCUUGUUACUCUAUCUCGGUUAGGAUUUGGGGAGCACGCCGUUUGCAAAAGGAUAUCAUGGCUCUCCUUGUCCGUCCAACUUUACACGUCGGACGCUUCACACCCAUCAGUUGAUCCUCUCAGCUCUGGACUUGAGAGGUACAAGGACUUGCAGAAGUAUUUCAACAAGAGACUGAAAGCAACGUACCGCAGGUUUUCCCACAUACCUGAUCACUCAGUGGUCUGUGGACAUCACCAUGUGUAUUUUGUUGAGGGUGAUGGCAUCUACAGAAUGGACCAGAGACAACGUGAGCCGGUGCCAGAGCAGGUGCUAAAUCUACGACAAGUCUCUGGACAGGAGGAGAAGACAGGACUUGAUAGUGAAGAGAGAAAGAAGAGGAUUCAGUGGACGGUCCAGAGACUUCGUCUGUCCCCACAGGAAAAACAUCUUGCUGCCACAUUAAAAGCUACUUACAGAGAAGAGCCGAGGUGUGUGGUUGUGAGGCUUGGAAAGAGAAAUUCCUCACCUCUGGAUUCCCCACACGUUGUAUUCUCAAUGGACAAAGUCUUCAGCUUUGAGUGGGCCACAGACAAGGUUCUGUUUUACACGACUUUGGAGGGUCUACGCUGCAGCAGAGUGUUUCGGCUGGACCUGACCUCCAGUGGAAGCAGGAUAACUUCUGUGUAUGAGGAAACACAUCCUGAUGUGUUUGUGGAGGUUGCCCUUUCCAGAGACCGACAGAUACUGAGCAUCAACUGCAACAGCAGGACCAGCUCAGAGGUGCUGCUAAUUGAUAAAACAACAUCCUGUUUAGAGGCUUUCCUGGUUCAGCCACGCCAGCUGGACCUCAUGUACCAUGUGGAGCACUGGAGAAAGUGUCUGGUUAUACUAACUAAUACAGGGCCUGGACAAGAAUAUCAGGUGGUACAGGCCCCUCUCUCAGAGCCAUCCAUGGUCUCCUGGGUGCCUUUGUUUACCCCUGGCCCUGGCACAGCUCUCAAAGACAUGGAUGUGGUCGGAGACCACUGUGUGUUGACUGCGAGAAACCCAGCCGGUGAACUUGUCCUGAUUGUGGUCCCACUGACCCAUACCAAGGAGGCAUACACUGUACAGCUCCCUUCCUGGGCCUGUGGAAUCCACACAAAGAAACCAGGCAGGGCAGACCAACACAGUGUGUUAGAGUUCCUGAUUUCAUCUCCAGUCCACUUCCCGGUGCCCUACUGUCUAUACCCUGAGGAUGGGCUACUUUUAUCAGGCACUAAAGAUGGGUCCUCCCCAGAGAAGCAGGGCAAUUAUACCACCACACGCUUAGAGGCCUGCAACCAAGAUGGUACCUUGGUGCCAAUGACAUUGUUUCAUUCACUACCCGUGGAGGGUUUGAGUCAGGCGCCGCUACUAGUCCACGUCUAUGGAGCUUAUGGCAGAGAUCUCAACAUGGACUUUUGCCCAGUGCAAAGGCUGCUGCUGGAGCAGGGCUGGGCUCUGGCCUACUGCCACAUCAGAGGUGGAGGAGAGCGGGGUCUGUCCUGGCAAAGACAAGCUCGUGUGGAAGGGAAGCAGAAAGGAGUGGAGGACCUCCAAGCCUGUCUCAAUCACCUUUUCUCUUUAGGAAUCUCCUCUCCUCAACUCACUGCUCUUGCAGCCUGCAGUGCUGGGGCUGUGCCAGUGGGAGCACUGUGCAACAGACACCCACACAUGAUGCGGGCUGUCACACUGCAGGCUCCUUUCCUGGAUGUGUUGGGAGCUAUGGAGGAUCCCAGCCUGCCGCUAACUUUGGAGGAUAUAGAAGAAUGGGGGGACCCAGUAGGAAACCCAGAACAUAGACUUACCAUCUCCUCCUACUGUCCCCUUCACAACAUUACCCCUCAGGUAUUGACAGGAGGAUCGGUAAGGGAGAAAUGUAGCUGCAGUUUUUUUGUGCAUUGGCUUAUCUUCUCCCCCAUUCUGCCUUUGACUGCUGACUCUGUUUUCCUUGUUCUUUUAGAAUGUGAACCAGCACCAAACAUAGUUCUAAAUAUCCAACCUGGAUCAAAUCACCUCGGCCCAGAAGACUUAGAACUGAUGCUGGAGGAGGAAGCCCUUGCGCUAGCAUUCCUCUACACCGAGCUGGGCCUGGACCCUCCUCGGUCCCCGCGCAACAGGAAGAGGUAGCACAGCCAUCAGGAGACAGUUAGGAAUCAAAGGACAAAUGACCCAAACAUUUAUUAAUAUUAUUAUUAUUAUUAUU